AUGUUACAGAGGUUGGCUCGCCCGCCGCCGGCUGUAGGGCUGACAGCUGUCAUUACCCGGGCGGCAGCCAGUGGCCGGACCGCAGCCAUGCCGAGAAAAGAGAGCAAGGAGGUGAAUACCCCGAGAACAAAGCACUUCGCCUGGGGGCUUAUUCACUAAGCUGCGAGCUGCCUCGGCGAUAGCAAGCUGUGGGACGGUACAGCGGAUAUAGCCUUAACAUAGCUUGGAGACAACUUUACCUCCAUGUUUGGGACUCCCCAGUCAGUUCCCUUACAGAAAGCAUAAUAAUAUAACUGGUGAACCCCCUCCCCUGACAGUGAGUUAAUUAGCCAGCUAGUAUGGGAACAUGGAUCACUAUCACCAAACACAACAACACUAAGAUGUCUGAUGGCUAAUAAAGUAUUAAGGGUUAAAGCAACAUUCCAAGUACCAUAACCACUUUGACAUGGGAGGGUACCUGGACACACCUGGUGCCAGUGACCACUGUAGGGUAUUGGUGAAAUAUGUUUAAACAAAUAUUAUAAAUAUAUAUCCAUUUCUUAAUCUGUAUAAGUUACAAUACUAAUUUUUUUUUAUUAAACCCUUUAAGUGUAUUUAAACUUACCUGUAACUCAUUGCAAAAACAGACUCUUCAUUGCACUCCUAUACCCCUGCCAGGCAGUUUUUACAAUAAUCUGGCUGGCCUAACCCAAUACGUCUCACAGGGUUAUACACUAAAGUGAAAUUUUGUCCAGAAUUCAAAGUGAAUUCUAAAUUUAUGGCCAAAAUGGCUGAAUUUUAAAAAUUCUCCCAAAUUAGCUAUGCUUCCAGCUUGGCUAUUUUGCCGUAAAAUUUGAAAUCUUCUUUGAAUUCCUAACAGUUCUCCCUUUAGGGAAUCACCCAUGCAUGCUCACACCAGAAGUAAAAUAGUUAAUUUUCGAAUGUAUUUGAGUAUAAAGAGGACCCUAUCUGCUGUCUGACACCCACCAGAGACGUGUUAAUUGCAAUAUGUAGGAGCACUGCAACCACCAUAACAACAAAAUGAAACAUCCUUGUUAUAGUGUCUAAAACAGAGGGUUUGGCCUUUGUUCCUGGGAUUCUCGCCUAGCUGUUUGGCAGCACGAUAUAAAGAUGAUGUUGUUAGUACUAGGAAACAGGACCCUUUUUAAAAAAAGAAAAAAUAUUUUAAAAUUUUUUAUUUGAUUUAUUUUAAGAGUUGUGUUUCCAAAUAUAUUGGGCAUGCUUGCUUAGAUUGAUAUGCUUAUUUACUUUGAAGGGAAAAGGACAUAAGAAAGGUUCCACACAACCUUCUACACUCGCACCAGCGGAUCCAGUUGGAAGAGACAAGAAUGGGGCGGUUACCAUUGCUAUUCAUGCCAAGCCUGGCUCUAAACAAAAUGCGAUAACAGGUAUCCUGUUGCAAAAAAUCUGUCUGUCUAUCCUUAGAUUGUGUGUCUGUCUCCAAAUUCCAACUGUGCUGGGAGAGUAAUGAUCUAACUCCAAACAUUCAGCCAGCAGCAGGGGUAGAAUGGACUUUAAAGGGAACCCAAAAAAAAUAUUUACAUCUUUCUGUCCUAUGUUUUCAUUUGGCUGUUUUACCAACUUUAGGUAAUCACAGGUGCGUGUUAUAGGGCCAAACAUGACAUACAUUGGUGCUGUGGAAGGCUCAUGCAAUGUAUGAUUAUAUUUUGCAAAGAUAAAUUAUUUUAUGAACUGUAAAGGCUGGUUUGGAAUGCAGUUAGCUGUAUUUUACAUAAAUUAUCAACUGGCCCCAAUAGGUGCCUUACGAUGUAUGAAUGAUGCUUGUCUGUUAAAUGUGAAUUUCUCAGCCAGUAGCAAGUAUAGAUUAUAGCCAAGCUUAAAAUGUGACAAUUAGGGUUACACAGAGGAAAUGAGAAGUGGAAUAGAAUUACAUGGCUCAUCAUUCCCAUCAAAUUACUGCCUUAAUAAAUUGACUAGAACUCUAGCUACGAUUAUCUGUAUUAUACCAACUUAAGGCAUCAAGCACAUCCAAAUGGAAUCUUUACAUCCCUACAUUAGUACCAGCCCACAAUAACUUACAAUUCUUACCUGAUUCUUAUCCUUCUACCCUAUAUGACCAUGUAAAGCAAAUAGUCACACCAACAACAAUACAGGCUCUCAAAUUAUUACUAAAGUCUCCUUUCAAGGAAAGGAACAUUAAUGUUUUAGUACAGCCUAUACUAUGCUAGACUGGCUUAUUUAAUAUUCAGCUGGGACCCACAGCAGCCACCUGCUCUACAGCCACCAGGGUCUCAGAUAUUUUGCUAGAGAUUCAUACAGCACCUUCCUACACUACAUUGAAAGGUGUGUGGGGACAGGGUGUUGGUUAAUUCUGGGGAGGAAGGCACCUGGGCAUUGUAUAAAGGAAAGAGCAACUGGGGCAUAGUUAUGCCUCUCUCUUCUUCAUUAAUGUUACCUACACUCCACAGCAGUGGAUACGGAUGGUCCAAAAAGCUCCAUCUGGGUUGGUAGGUAACUUUCUGGACCCUCGUUUGCAAUGUAUGGGUAAGAGCAAUGCAAGGAGGGAGUAGUCCGAACUUCCUUACUCUAUCUGUACCUUACAACCUGGUUGAAUGAAACAGGUCAGAAGAGUCCCUUGCCCUCCCUCCCAAUACACGUAUCUCUUCUCUUCGAUUGUUAUUUUAUUGACAAUGGAAGAUUAAACCAAAUAUCUAAUAGUGGAAUUUUUUUCUUAAAAAAAAGUGGAUGAAACUGAUGACCCACAACUUUAUUCAUUUGACUCUGAUAUUUUUGCCUGGCCUGGUGUUUACCAUCCUGGGUGCAUCUAAGCUAAAUUGAAUUAACCGAGGGUCAAGGUCCAAUAUUAAGUCAUAGUGUAUGUUAGUGUCUCUCACUUGAUAUUAGUCUAAGCUUUGAGUGAUAAAUCCACUUCUAUACAAUGUCUAGAUAUUUUUGUGAAGUUCGACAUUUCCAUAAAGCUGUAAAUUUGGAACAAUUCUUUGUAAAAUACCAUUGUUUUUUGUGUUCUUUAAUAUGUAUCUGGUGUUUUUGUUUAGAUGUAACGCCUGAAGCUGUAGGUGUUGCCAUUGCUGCUCCUCCAACAGAAGGUGAGGCAAAUGCAGAGUUGUGUCGCUAUCUUUCAAAGGUUCUUGAAGUAAAGAAAAGUGAAGUUGUUCUUGAUAAGGUAUGUACUGUUCAUAUCCAGAAUAUUAUGCAUGGAUAUUUCAAAGAAAAUCCACAACCCGUAUUCGCUCUAGUAGGAAGUGUACUGAAAUAUACUUAUUCAAUUGUAUGUACUAUAUCAUUUUCUUCUUCACGUAUGGAAUUAGUUCACCCAUGCAGUUUUUUUGUGGCUGUACUGUUUAUACACUCAGACACUAUCUACCAGAUUGUGGUUGUUAUAGAAAUAGGUAUACCUAUACUCUCUGCUGAUAAUGGAAUAAUUACUAAACUAUACACAGUAUGAUAAUCCUCCACCUGUAUAUAAAUACCUCGUUUUCUUUUUCAUCAUAUUUAUGAAAUUCACAGUUAAUGUUUAACAAUUCCCUUAAAAUGUAUAGUUUUCUUCAUAACUUUGUAGUACUUAUUAAUAAAUAUAUUUAUUUUUUCCAUUGCUUAACAGGGAGGAAAAUCUCGAGAGAAAAUAGUGAAAAUUUCAGCUGCAAUUACCCCAGAAGAUGUUUUGGAAAAGUUAAAGAAGGAAGCAUCUGGAAGCUGA